UAUCAUAAUUAACAGUCUCCCGCGUACUACAAUUUGAUGGGAAAAAAGUUGGGGGUGGAGGGGACUAGUGAGAUCAAGGAGCCCAAAAAGGAGGGAACCAACACCCAAAAAGUGAGAGGAAAAACCUUCAACACAACGGCUGGGAUCUCUCUCUCUCUCUCCCUUUCUCUGUGAGGAGCAUCAAGAACAAAGGCAACAGCCACCAACCAAACAUUCCCCAAAUCUGUGUGUGUGUGUGUGUGUGUGUGAGAGAGAGAGAGAGGCAAUAGCGGCAAUAAAAAGCAAAGAACAGAUUCAAAAAGGCAGCACCGAAAAGCAAAACCCAACACCAAACAAUCAAACAAAGAAUCAAAUCGGUCGCAGAGAGAAACCACCGCCAUCAACGCCUCUCCUCUGACAAUCCACCACCACCGGAACAAGCAGAAAAUGACACCAUGACAACGUCGCCGCACCACCAGCCGCCGCCCAGAGUUGUACGCAAGCUCGCCGUGGAAGUCGUGGACGCCCGCGACCUUCUCCCCAAGGACGGCCAGGGCAGCUCCAGCCCCUACGUCGUGGUCGACUUCGACGGCCAGAAGCGGCGAACCUCCACGGUUUGCCGGAGUCUUAAUCCGGUAUGGAACGAGACGCUCGAGUUCGAGGUUUCCGACCCGAAUACCAUGAAGGACGAGGCGAUUGAGAUCGAGGUCUUCAACGACAAGAGGAUGAGCAAUGGGAAUGCCAGGAAGAACCACUUCCUGGGGCGGGUCAAGCAGUACGGGACGCAGUUUGCGAGGAGAGGGGAAGAGGGGUUGGUUUACUUCCAGUUGGAGAAGAAGAGCGUCUUCAGCUGGAUUCGCGGAGAGCUCGGUCUCAGAAUUUACUACUACGAUGAGUUGGUUGAGGAGCAGGGUAAGGAGGACGACCCUCCGCAGCAGCACCAGCAGAAAAACGAGAAGGAGCGGACCGUUGUGAUUGGGCCGCAGGAGGAUGUUAGGGUUUUGGAGGUUCCGGUGCUGAGGGAGCACGUCAUGGAGGGAUCGCAGUCGCCGCCGAUUGUGACCAUUGAGGAGUCGCCGCCGAUGGUGACGGUGCAUCCGGAGCACCACCACAAUUAUCACCAUCAUGACAUGUCAUUGCCGCGGGGGAUGCAGCCGGAGCCGAUAACGCAGCCACCGCAGGUGCAGUAUCAGCGGGAAGUGAGGAAGAUGCAGGCGGGGAGAGUUGGAUGUAAUGAACGAGUUAGGAUUCACAAGAGGCCAAACGGAGACUACUCGCCGAGAGUCAUCUCAGGCAAGUCAGCCGUCGAAUCAGAGAGGGUUCCGGCGUACGAUCUCGUCGAGCCGAUGCAGUACCUCUUCAUCCGAAUUGUGAAAGCUCGCGGACUCGCCGCCAAAGAGAGCCCCCACGUGAAAAUUCGCACUUCGAGCCACUUCGAGAAGUCCAAACCGGCUACGAUCAAGCCCGGCGAGAUGUCAGGAAACUACGAAUGGCAUGAGGUCUUCGCUCUCCCGCACAAUAAGUUAGAUUCCGGCCAUUCAACCCUAGAGAUAUCAGUGUGGGACUUUCCUUCCGAGCAAUUCCUCGGCGGCGUGUGCUUCGAUCUCUCCGACGUCCCCGUUCGCGAUCCACCAGACAGUCCUCUGGCUCCGCAGUGGUACCGCCUCGAAGGCGCCGGCGACGAUCCAAAUUCCGGCGUAGUCUCCGGCGACAUACAGGUAUCUGUCUGGAUUGGAACACAAGCCGACGACGCUUUUCCGGAGUCCUGGAGCUCCGACGCCCCGUACGUGGCACACACGCGCUCCAAGGUUUAUCAGUCUCCGAAGCUAUGGUACCUCCGAGUCACCGUGAUCGAAGCUCAAGACCUCGACAUUGCUCCGAAUUUGCCUCCAUUGACAGCUCCCGAAGUUCGAGUCAAAGCUCAGCUAGGCUUCCAGUCCAUCCGAACUCGGCGAGGAGCCAUGAACAACCACACGGCGUCUUUUUUCUGGCACGAAGACCUGAUCUUCGUCGCCGGCGAGCCUUUGGAAGACAGCCUGAUCUUGCUCGUCGAGGACCGCACGGGCAAGGAUCCCGUGCUCCUCGGCCACGUCAUGAUCCCAGUGGCCUCAAUCGAUCGACGACUCGAUGAGCGCCACGUGGCCUCGAAGUGGUUCGGGUUGGAGACCAAUGGCGGGAUGUACUGCGGGAGGAUACACCUGAGGCUGUGCUUGGAGGGUGGGUAUCACGUGCUGGACGAGGCGGCGCACGUGUGCAGCGACUUCCGGCCGACGGCGAAGCAGCUUUGGAAGCCGGCGAUCGGAGUCUUGGAGCUGGGCAUCCUCGGGGCACGUGGGUUGCUGCCCAUGAAACCAAAGGGCGGAGGGAAGGGGUCCACCGACGCUUACUGCGUCGCAAAGUACGGGAAAAAGUGGGUCCGAACAAGAACGAUCACUGACAGCUUUGAUCCACGAUGGAACGAGCAAUACACGUGGCAGGUCUACGACCCCUGCACCGUCCUAACCGUCGGGGUCUUCGACAACCGGCGGAUGUUCGCCGACGUGGCCGACGACAAACCUGACUGCCGCAUUGGUAAGAUCCGGAUCCGAGUCUCCACCCUCGAGAGCAACAAGGUCUACACCAAUUCCUACCCGUUGCUCGUCCUGCUCCAUUCCGGGUUGAAGAAAAUGGGCGAAGUCGAGAUCGCGAUCCGGUUCGCCUGCCCCUCGAUGCUGCCCGAGACGUCGGCUAUAUACGGGCAGCCGUUGCUGCCGAGAAUGCACUACCUCCGCCCGCUCGGGGUGGCGCAGCAGGAGGCGCUGCGCUGCGCCGCCAUUAAAAUGGUGGCGGGGUGGCUGGCCCGGUCGGAGCCUCCGUUGGGAGCGGAGGUGGUCAGGUACAUGCUGGACGCGGAUUCAUAUACUUGGAGCAUGAGAAAGAGCAAGGCAAACUGGUUCCGGAUCGUGGCGGUUCUCGCAUGGGCCGUCGGGUUGGCCAAAUGGGUGGACGAUAUUCGGAGGUGGAGGAACCCGGUUACGACCAUCCUGGUCCACUUGCUUUACUUGGUCCUGGUUUGGUACCCAGAUUUGAUAGUCCCAACCGGCUUCUUAUACGUGUUCUUAAUCGGAGUAUGGUACUACCGGUUCAGACCCAAAAUACCGGCGGGCAUGGAUACCCGGCUCUCCCAGGCCGAGAUGGUCGACCCGGAUGAACUAGACGAGGAAUUCGAUACAAUCCCAAGUUCAAAACCGCCAGAAAUCAUCCGGUUCCGGUACGACCGGUUGCGGGCAUUGGCUGCCCGGGUCCAGACAGUGUUGGGCGACUUUGCUACCCAAGGAGAGCGGGUCCAAGCCCUGGUGAGCUGGAGGGAUCCGAGAGCAACCAAACUGUUCAUAGCAGUGUGCCUUAUGAUCACAGUGACACUCUACGUGGUGCCGCCGAAAAUGGUGGCCGUGGCUCUAGGGUUUUAUUUCCUGCGCCACCCAAUGUUCAGAGACCCAAUGCCGCCGGCCAGCUUGAACUUCUUCAAGAGGCUUCCGAGCUUGUCUGACCGGUUGAUGUAGCCGGAGAAGAGGACCCAUUACCCAUUACAGGCCCUGGAAUUGUGGGAAAGGGCAGAGCUGAGCUGUGAAUUGGAGCCAUUUGGUCAAGAUUGGCGUUGAAAAAAGGGAGACGUGAUAUGAUGGGUGCCAAUUCAUGGUCUCUGAUGUGCCACUGUAGAUUUGAGGUGAAAUGUGAAAAAUCAGAUUAGACGCAUCUAUGAUUAACGUCCAUCAGUGGUGCCACGUGUUUGUAACCCCACCUUUUCAUUUUCAACAGGGCUCCCAGUCUUUUGUUAUAAAGUUCAUGAAAUGAAACUGCAGAAGCCCACCAACAGUACUGAAAUCUAAUCCCAUCAAAUCUCAGAAGAGUUUUGUUUUUGCCUUCAAAGUCUCUACAUCACGGGACCCUUCUGCUGCAACAUGGCUGUGGGGUUGCAAUGGAAUCCAGGGAAACUGAACUUCAUUGAGCAUAAAUUCGGCUCGCGGGUCAACCUUUAGGCUCAAGUU